GCCACCAGCCAAAGCAAACACAAUGAAGAAGCAGGCAAGUUUUCCUCUUUUAGUUGUAGCCUUCAUGUUGGUGACUUAUGAGGGUGAUUGUGUGGAAAUUGUUGGUGGGAGAGAAGUCCAAAAUCAUUCAAGACCCUACAUGGCGUAUCUCAGCUUAUCUGACGUAUCUGGGUGUGGCGGCGCUUUGAUUAAACCAGACUGGGUGUUGACAGCAGCACACUGCAAUAAGUCGAAUCCUAUUAUUGUGACUCUUGGAACUCUUUCACGAACAGAAAAAGAACCAACAAGACAGGAAUUUCAAGUGAAGACUGCUGUUCCUCAUCCUAACUUUACUUAUUAUACAUAUGAGAAUGAUAUAAUGCUUCUUAAGCAGUGUGAUAUUUAUGGGGUGUCUUGUGUGCACAACCUGACUCAAAUCCCAACACAACUUCUCAUCAUCCAGGCUUUGACUGAGACAUUCCAGAAGUCUCCAUUUCUUUCUUUUCCACCAUUCCUUGGUUGA